AUGACGUGGGAAAUCCCCACCGAACGAUGGCAACAUAAAGAUCUAUUCACUAUUCACCAACGAGAUUAUUUAAUCACAGUUGAUUACUUCUCUGAUUUCUGGGAAGUAGACGAAUUAAUAGAAGAUACUACAUCGAGCACUGUCAUAGAAUGUACCAACCGACACGGAAUACCCAGAGGAGUGGUAACAGACAACGGUCCGCAAUUCAUUUUAAAAGAGUACGAAGAUUUUUCCAAAGCAUGGGAUUUUGAACAUACCACAAGCUCUCCACUGCAUAUCCAAAGUAAUGGGAAAGCUGAAGCCACUGUCAACAUAGCUAAAAAUCUCAUCAGGAAAGCUAAAAAAGACAACAAAGACAUUUACUUGGCGUUAUUGGACUGGAGAAACACUCUAGAUACAGAGGGUAACAGCCCAGUACAGAAACACUAA